AUGAUCGGGAGACUCUUAAAGAAGUUCGGCAGUAACCGCUCCAACAAUGUCUACACACGGCUCUCGGGUACCGAUAAGCCAGUUCGGGCUAGGAAGGGUUACAUAGUGAUAUAUGUGGGUCCUGAAGCCGAAAGGUAUGAAAUUCCCGUGAUGUAUCUGUCGUUCCCAGAAUUCAAAGAGCUGAUCACCAGGGAAUCGGCCGAAGAAGAUGCGCUCGAUAUCAAGAUCACUGGACCUCUUCAUCUUAAGUGCAGCCCCAUGGUGUUCAAGGGUGUGGUGCAGCAUAUAAAGGACGUCUGUGCACUUUUUGGCCCGCGAGUAGUUGUUCCGUAUUAUACGUAUAUGCAGUGA